GCCGCGCUCCCGCCGAUGGAUCUCCCGCCGCUCUCCCACCAGGCGCUCUUCGCGGCCGUCCGAUCCGCGGACGCGGACGCCGUGCGCCGCCUCCUGGCCGGCGCCGAGGCGUCGGCGCUCGCCGCCGCGCAGACGGACGCCGGGGAGUCCGCGCUCUACGUCGCCGCGGAGGCCGGCGCGCUCGAGGUCGUGCGCCUCCUCCUCCCGCUCUACGACCUCGAGGCCGCCACGCUCCGCUCACGCCUCGACCUCGACGCCUUCCACGUCGCCGCCAAGCAAGGCCACACCGAGGUUGUGAAGGAGUUUUUGGGGCGGUGGCCUGAGCUUUGCUCAGUGUGUGACUCGUCCAACACUUGCCCACUCUACUCUGCUGCUGUAAAAGACCAUUUGGAUGUGGUGAAUGCUAUAUUGGACACUGACGUUAGCUGCGUAAAGAUUGUGCGGAAAAACGGGAAGACAUCACUACAUACUGCUGCAAGAAUAGGGUACCAUCGCAUUGUCAAAGCACUCAUUGAGAGGGAUCCGGAGAUUGUUGCAAUCAGAGAUAGGAAGGGACAAACUGCUCUCCACAUGGCCGUGAAGGGUAAAAACACAGAUGUGGUGGAGGAAUUGCUGAUGGCUGAUGUUUCCAUCCUCAAUGUGCGUGACAAGAAGGCAAACACAGCUUUACAUAUAGCUACACGAAAAUGGAGGCCCCAGAUGGUUCAACUUCUGCUUGCCUAUGAGUCACUUGAAGUCAAUGCAAUCAAUAGUCAAAACGAAACAGCUAUGGACCUGGCUGAGAAAGUUCCCUAUGGUGAGUCUAAAAUGGAAAUCAUCGAGUGGCUGUCAGAGGCGGGUGCAAAGAAUGCCGUAAAUGUUGGUAAAGUUGACGAAGCAUCAGAGCUAAGGAGAACUGUGAGUGAUAUCAAGCACAAUGUGCAAGCACAGCUCAGUGAGAACGCAAAGACCAACAAAAGGGUGACAGGGAUCGCCAAAGAGCUGCGGAAGCUGCACAGAGAAGCAGUUCAGAACACCAUCAACUCGGUCACUCUGGUAGCAACCCUGAUCGCAUCCAUCGCUUUCGUUUCCAUAUUCAACCUGCCAGGCCAGUACUACCAGGACACUAAAACCGGGGGUGAGAUCGGCGAGGCCUACAUAUCGAAGCUCACCGGUUUCCGCGUGUUCUGCCUCCUGAACGCCAUCGCCCUCUUCAUUUCGCUGGCGGUGGUCGUGGUGCAGAUCACGCUGGUCGCCUGGGAGACCGGCGCGCAGAAGCAGAUCAUCAAGAUCGUGAACAAGCUGAUGUGGUCGGCAUGCCUCAGCACGUGCGCGGCGUUCGUGUCGCUGGCCUACGUCGUGGUGGGCCCGCAGCACGCGUGGAUGGCCUUCACCAUAUCGGCCGUCGGAGGGCCGAUCAUGAUCGGGACCCUCCUGUUCCUCGCCUACCUGCUGCUGCGGCCGCGGUUCAAGUUCGGCGAGGACAGGCAGCGGCGCAUCAGGAGGGGGAGCGGCAGCAAGUCCUUCUCCUGGUCUGUCCGCGAAGGGUUGUCGGACCUGGAGGCCGUGGAAGACCACGAGAAGAAGAUCUAUGCCUUGUAGUCCUGCUGCUGCGGCGGCAUGUAAGAUGUAAACAUUGAGAACAGGUAGUUGGGAGGGAACAAUCGCCCUUGUAUAUAUUUUCUCGGCUGUUUUAGGUCUGCGGUGAGGUGCAGCACGCAGGCCUUUCUCUGCGCCAUCUUGAUGGUUUGUAUACCUGGGAUGCUUGUCCUUGUUGCUAAUGUAUAAUACUGGGGAAUGAAGAAGAGCUGCACCUAGUCC